CUCGAGGCGCCCCCGCCGUGGAACCUCCCUUCCCGUGUCUUCGAGCCGCCAGAGGCGGGCUGGGUGCCUUUCCAUCAGCAGUGGCGCCAGCGCUGCGGGGCCCGAGCUCGGGUCUUAUUCAACCAAUCCGGACUAGCUUCAUCCAAUUUUUUUUUCUCUCUCGUCCCUUCCUUGUUUCUUUGACUAUUUUUCUCCCAUUCUCUUAUUUGGAAUAUUCCUGCAUUUUUAAGAUCUCAAGAUGGUGCAGAAGAAAACCGAGCUUAAAGGCUUCCAUCUUUCUUUUAAGGGCCAGAAUCCUUUCGACCUGGAAUUCUCUCAGUCCACUCACCUGGAAUCUGUCUUCAAUUUUGAAUGUUCCACUCGGCCCGAUAUGCCUUCGAGUCAGCCCAUCGACAUCCCAAAUGCCAAGAAAAGAAACAAGAAGAAAAAACGCUGCCGAGCUACGGACAGUUUUUCAGGGAGGUUUGAAGAUGUUUACCAGCUCCAAGAAGAGGUCCUCGGAGAAGGAGCACAUGCAAAAGUCCAGGCCUGUGUUAACCUCAUUACUAAUAAGGAGUACGCAGUGAAGAUAAUUGAGAAGCGCCUUGGACACAUCCGAAAUCGGGUAUUUCGAGAAGUGGAAAUGCUGUACCAGUGCCAAGGACACAGGAACAUCCUGGAGUUGAUCGAGUUUUUUGAAGAAGAGGACCGGUUCUACCUCGUGUUUGAGAAGAUGAGAGGAGGCUCCAUCUUAACCCAUAUCCACCGUCGACGCCAUUUCAAUGAACUAGAGGCCAGCAUGGUGGUGCACGACAUAGCCAGUGCCCUUAAUUUCUUGCACAAUAAAGGAAUAGCACAUAGAGAUUUAAAACCAGAAAAUAUUCUCUGUGAGAGUUCAAAUCAGGUGUCCCCAGUGAAAAUCUGUGAUUUCGAUUUAGGAAGUGGGAUCAAGCUGAACGGUGAUUGUUCUCCCAUCUCCACCCCAGAGCUUCUCACUCCGUGCGGUUCAGCAGAAUAUAUGGCUCCAGAAGUGGUGGAGGCCUUCAGUGAAGAAGCGUCCAUCUACGACAAGCGCUGCGAUUUAUGGAGCUUGGGAGUCAUUCUGUACAUCAUGUUGAGCGGUUACCCCCCUUUUGUGGGUCACUGUGGGACCGACUGCGGCUGGGACCGUGGUGAAGCCUGUCCCGCUUGCCAGAAUAUGCUGUUUGAAAGCAUCCAGGAGGGGAAGUACGAAUUCCCGGAUAAGGACUGGGCUCACAUCUCUUUUGAAGCUAAAGACCUCAUUUCAAAGCUUCUUGUAAGAGAUGCCAAAAAGCGUCUGAGCGCGGGCGAAGUCCUCAAGCAUCCUUGGGUACAAGGGUGUGCUCCUGAUAACACGCUCCCCACUCCAAUCAUCCUACAAAGGAACAGCAGUGCCAAAGAGUUGACCUCGUUUGCCGCCGAAGCCAUUGCUGUCAACCGUCAGUUAAUGCAGCACGAGGAGGAAGCUGCGGAGGAGACUCACCCCAUCAUCAUCAAAGCUACCUCAUGCUCUAUGCACCUCUCUCCUCCUUCCGAAUCCAAGCUGGCCAAACGAAGACAGAAGACAAGCAUGGCUAAAGCGAACCCCGCCCAGCACCUGGUGGCCCCCUUGGUCUUGGUUGGGGAUCACAUGUGACUGCCUUUCGUUCUAUACGUCCAUUCUUCCAUUCUCCCCCUCACCUCCCUCACCCCUUUGUGUCAUUUCGGACAAAAAAAAGGUCUGCUUGAGUAGCUUAACAAAAGAUCAAGAUCAAGUUGGCUGGUUUCCAAGGAUUCUUUUCUGUCUUUGAUCUUGUUCUACAGGGGCUGUUUUGUUUCUUGUUCCUUUUUGGUUUUCUCUCUCUCUCUCUCUCUCUCUCUCUCUCUCUCUCUCUCUCUCUCUCUCUCUCUCUCUCUCUCUCUCUCUCUCCCCCUCUCUUUUAAGCUAUUUAAAUUCUGUUCUUCCCUUCCCUUGUUUCCCCGUCUUCCCAGUGCAUUUUGAUACACACGUAAUUUUUGCUUAAAAAGUUAAAAAAAAAAGUCCCUUCCUCCCCACUGAAGGAUACCUUAUCUGGGGGGGGUGCAGGGUUUCUCUUCCUUUUUUUGUUUUUCCUUCUCUCAGCUUCUUGUACUGUGAAAAGAGGGGAGGGAGAAAACCUUUCCCUGGUCUGUCCCACCCCAAGCCUGAACUUUUAAACGUAGCAUUUUUUAUGUUUGGAGAGUGUUUGCUUUUUUUUUUUUUUACAUUUAUUUUAAUUUUGUUCUUGCUAUUGGUUUCUUUUUAAAAAAACAAACAAACAAACAUAACUACUUGGAUUCUGUAUAUGGUUUGAGGGUGGGUGGGAUGAGGAUUUAUCUUGUCUUUUUUUUUUCUUUUUCCCAAAAGCACUGGAGUGACUUAAGGGGGAGGAGGGGAAACAAUUACAGUCCAUGAAUUGUAUGAAUGUUCAUUUAUGGGGAAAAUUUAGGGAAAAUUGCAGUGUCUUCCCUAAAACUGUGUAGAUUCUGUAAGCUGAAAGUAGUUGUAUCUGGGAUAUAAACAGAAGGGGGAGUUGGGAAGAGGAAACCCAUACAUAUAGGGAGAAAUUCCUUCUCCCUACCCCCUGGCACCGUUCACAGCACUUAUUUUGUAUUUUGUUUGUUCUUUUUUUUUUUCUUCUCAAGGGGCCAAGCUGUGGAUGUUAACACAAGAACUCUAUUUUGUUUCAAUCCAGAUAUGUCCUGUUGACAUGGGAGGGGUCCAAUAUUUUUUUAAGAGCAGAAGGGAUGCAUGUUUUAGGACCUACCAUAGUGGAAUCUAAUCCCUUAUGGUUUUUCCCCUCCUGUUUGAUGCAGAGAAAUAAAGGUGAAAAAAGUUCUAGUAGAAAGGAAAGAUUUUACUACCUUCCAUAGAGUAAGCCAGUGUUUCUCAACCUUGGCCACUUGAAGAGGUAUGGACUUCCAACUCCCAGAAUUCCCCUGUCAACAUGGCUGGUUGGGGAAUUCUGGGAGUUUAAGUCCACAUGUCUUAAAACUGCCAAGGUUGGGAAACAUUGAAGUAUAAGCUAUUAGCGGGGAAAAAAAGUGAGGCUUAAUCUGAAAAGAAGGUAGUCAAUGUUAAUUAAACCAUCCUCUGCAGGGCUGUAAAACUCUUUACAAAAAUACUCAUAGAGAUAUGUACAAUUGCUUCAGAGAUUGCAAAUGUAGGAUGCCCUCAUAGAUUAAAUUCUUAUCGUGGCAGAAUAAUUUUUGGCAAUCCUUUACAACUUUUGCUGACUGGUUUUUUUUUUUAUUUGUUUUAAACCAAGGUGACGCAUUGUUUGAUCUCCCCAUCCUAAAGGCAGACUAUGGCUUGAGGGAAUUAUUUCAAAACAUUUCCCAGUCUUUGGAGCCUUUAAGCUUUGGUUCUACUUAUUCUGAACCAAUAUAAAUAGAAUUCCUCAGGGAUGGUUGCUUCCAACGUGACUAAUUAAUUUGGAGAACCUCUAAGCCUCCCCUUCCCCCAAUCUAAAGAACUACAAUUCCUAUAAUUGUGGAUUUUGUGUGAGAAAACAACAACAAAUCUAGUUUAAAGCUAGACCUGUUGUAAGCAUGUGAAUCUGGGGGGGAGCAGGUGUAGAACUAUAAAUCAAACUCAGGAUGGUGCAUUCAGAUGUGCUAAAAUGGCCAAAAGCUUGCUUUUUGGAAGGAAGGAAAAGAAACACUUGGAUGUAUGUGGUGUGUCAUACAGAGAAGGAAUUGGAAGAUUGGGUAAUUUAAAAAAAAAAGGUUUCAAUGCAUGAAAUUGAAGCUGUGAGCAAGUAGCAUAUUGGGGUGAAAUUCUGGUAGAAGAUUCUCGGAAGAGGGACAAAAACAGUAUUUGGUUUGUGGUCCUCUUCAGUGUCCACCUCUUCUCAUCGCCCUUUCUGGCCAGAAUGUAAGCAUCAAAUUGAGGAUUGCCAGACAACUGCCAAUAGUUUGAGGUGCUGCUGUUUGACCUUCAUCAUUUUCUCCAGUCCUCUAUUGUAUUCCAGUGUCUAGCAUCUAAGCAUUCUGGGAAUUGCCUGCAUUGUGAGGCCACAAGGUUCAGGAGCAUUCUGGGAAAUUAAAUGGCAGGUCCAAGCUAUUGGAUGAUGGAUGUUGCUCAGUUGCUGCCUGUUGAUGCUUAGUCUAGAGGAGUGGGCCAACCUGAGAGCAUUUCUGUAGGUCUCCUUCAAUCCUGAUACUAAUCUUUGCUUUGAGACUGUCCUCAAUGUUUGGUCAGCCCAUGGUUGAGUGUCAAUAUCCUAUUCACCAUGGAUCGGUCAUGUUGAAUGAGGUGCCUCUGAGGAUAUUUUUUAGGCCAAGAGUUGAAAGGGGGGAAGAGGCAUACCAUCUGCCUCUUGAAAUCUUGGCAACUUUUAAGACCCUAUGGACUCCCAGAAUUCCCCAGAUAGCAUGUCUGGCUAGGGAAUUCUGGAAGUUGAAGUCCACAAACUCUUAAGAGUUGCCCAGAGUUAGACAUUUAUAUCUUAAAGGCUGGAAUAUAAUGAAACGUGAUGGUGCUUUCCAGGCACAUCUGGAAAUUUAGACUAUUGGCUGUUUGUGUUCACUGUGGGAGACUUAAUCCCCCCCUCCCUCCAUUGCUCUGAGACAAACCGCUCCAAGUCCUGCUUUCAAAAUUUCUCGAAAAGACUACACACACAUCCAGGCAUGAAAACAUUUGUACAUAAAUCAGUAUUGCAUCAUGAUGUGGAUUGGAAAAUAUUCUUGAAUGUGUGUGUGUGGUGCCUUGAUAAUGGUGGCAGUUGUGACCAGGCUGUGGGCGGGCAGAUACUUCUGCCAUGCUCAAAUCUAGUACCGUAGUAUUUCUGCCUACCUUCCUUUAUGCAUAAGCUACAGGGCAAGCAGCCCUAUGCAUUCUGACUUGGGAGCAACAUUUACUGAAUUCUGUUGGAUUUGCUUAUCCAAGUAUGUGUAGGACGGGUUGAUGGCUGAAGGACUGCCUUUCUAAGUGUAAAAGUAUGGAUGGGAAAGCUUACUGAAUCUGUUAGACUUCCUUCAGAGGACCGAAGGGGAGGAUAAACCAGCUAGUUUCACAUUGGAGGUGAAAGUUGUUGUUGAAAUCUAGCUAGGGAAGUGGUUUUGAAACUUAGCGUGGUUUGCUGUGCAUGGCAAGAGAGAGUUUUGCUUAAAGGUCAGUUUGGCCUAUUGGAUCUUCUUUCUAAGCCUUGGGAUUUAUUUAUUUUUAAUCCAGUGAUAAGGUAGAUCCUCUCCAGGACUUUGGUAGAAUUGGUUGAACAGCCAUGUGUAUAAACUCAGAUCUUGAGUGGUUGUAGCAAAACAUCUGCUGGUGACUUCAGCUGCUAUCCAGAUGUGCACGUGUGGGCAUAUCUGAUCUAAGAACGAUGCUUGUCUCUGAAUAAAGACUUUAAGUAACAAUACUAUGCAAAGAAGUUUGAAUCGUUUUGCUGAGAGAGUAAUUUUUCUUUUCAGAUGCAGUUUUUUUUUAAUAAGUGUGGAGGCUUGUAAAAUAACUCAUCACCUCCUUUCUUUUCUACUUUUUGAUAUUUUUCUCUGCUUUCUUGACAGAGGGUAAAAAAAAGCAGAUGGGAUCUCCCUUUAGUAUUAUGGUUUGCUUGUUCUAACCUUGCAGUCUUUUCCAACAGAUGCGCUUUCAUUAAGGAAUGGGUAGGAAGAGGGCACCAUCUGAAAUAAUGAGGUGCAGAAUACACUGGUUAGCUGAGCAGGCUACGUAAUUGGAGAAAUUAUUUUUAAAUCAGAGAACAUUUUUAUCGUACGAUUCAGAGCAAAAUUCUACAUGGGUAUGGAUUUUGUCACCAUCUUAAUCUUGUGGCCAGAAAUUACUUGAACAAACGGUGGGUUCAGGCCCUUUUUUGCUCAAGAAAGCUGUAGCAUAUGGCUUCUAAAUUGCCUGAUAUUUAAUCCUUUCAGCAUUAGAAGCAGCUUCCAGUGUGGAUGCUCUCAUUCAGAUGGUUUUAAGUUGCUUGAUGGGAUAUAAUUUGCUUUGUUCUUGCUUUUUUGUUGUUUAUGCUGUGUCUAUCCUUCAAAAGAAAGACAGCUUUAAGAACAAUUUAUCAAAAGUUAUGAAUAUAUUUAUACACUGAUUUUGCUUUCCCUCAAGAGCAUCCAUUCCCCAGAAGUGACAUGGUACCUGUAUUUAGUUGAAUAUUUUAGCUUGGUCUGCAACAACUCUAAACCUUUGCGCAUAGGGCCAGUGUGUGUGGCAGGGUCAUCUGAAAAACAAUAGUCUAAAAUGUCCUCCUCCCCAACCAUUUGGGAUACUACUUUGGGAGAAGGAACACUUUCCUUCUACUUCCCUCUGUUUUAUUCUUAAAGGGCCAAAAUGGGUGAUGCCCCGGGUAUGCUGAUAGGUUGGGAACUAUGGACAUUGACUUUCAAACCAGCAUUCUUAGUUGAAACGUGUGCCGUGCAUCAAUCUUUUUUAAACAAGGAUACUUCUCAGGAUUAUUGUGUCAACACGUGAAGGAUUGCUCAUAUUCCUUUUUCUGACUCUCAUUCGUGCCUGAUGUUUAAGAGAAAAAUAAAACAACCAUCCUAGAUAAUUUAUAAGGUGUUUGGAAUUGUGUGACAGACUUGUGCACAGUUACAAAAUAAAAUCAUGUAGAUCGCCAUAUAAUAGCUUUUGUAUCUCCUGUGUGUGGGUCAUCUUAAUAUACAUCUAGCCCUUCUCUGCAGGGUUGCACAUUUUUUUUAGUACUUACAAGAGCAGUGGGUCAGAGUUGUGACCCUUGGGAAAGCAUGCUUUUUAAUUGGUGAGAUUUUUAAAGCAAACAAAUAGUCUUGGGCGGCUGGGUGAAGUGAAGCAAUCUCAUAAAAACAUUGCUAAGAUCAUAUCUUACUCUGGGAUGGUGUAUCUGAUCUGAAUAAUCUUGAGUGAAAGGAGUCAAGUGUAUGUAUCCAAAAGUGAACUCUGCCCUAUCUUUAUCUGUUACGAAAGGAUGAUGUUUUCUAUGCCCAUUGAAAUGGGUGGUUGUGGUUUGUUGGCACUGGGAUGUUUUUUUUUUUUUUAAGGCUUCUGUCAAAAUAACAUAACUUGCCUUAAACUUGUUUCCUUUGCAAUGUGGAAUUCCAUCUUGGUUUGGGGUUGAUUUUUUGUAAGAUGAAGGUGCAUCGACUGUUCAGGUUUUGAAUGAAAUAUUUUAAGUGCAUCCAAAUUCCAUCCUGGAGGGAGAUAACUGUAAAACAUGAGUGGCUUUUCUGCACUUGAUGAAAUAGCUCCUGCUGAAAUUUCAUCACUUGGGUGAUUGGAUUGGGAAAUGGGUUCGGAAGACUAGGAAUUUGGCAUUUGAGGUGCGUUCUUUCCCAAAUCCAGUGGGAAAGAAGCAGCUAAGCUAGAAGUGGCUGUUUUCAGUGUUGGGUUUUCUCUGAUAACUUCAAGAUGGAGGUGGUGGGAAAAAAGUAGAACCCACUUUAAUACAGAGGGACUUAGUUAACACCAUAGAAAACAAGGUGACUUGAGCCUCAAGUACUCUGUCUUUUUCCAUGGGGUUUGAAAACAGAAUUAUCAUUUGUAGUAUUUAUGCCUUUGACAAUAUAUAUCUUUUUGAUUCGGUUUCUUGUUCCGAAUUUCAACCCUGGACACAGAUGAAACUUUUACACAUGAGCAGUUUUUAAGGCUUGCGUUGUCUAUUUCCAUAGCUCACCCAGAGGAAUUUGACUUGUGGUGGUUUGGAUUCUGAAACCUGCAGUCUCUGCAUAUCUGGAGGCUACGGGGUUGGAAAAAGCAGCCUAGACUCCUUUUUCCCCCCUUGAUUUUCCUUCCUCUCCUUCCCUGUUUUCCUUUUUGUGUGUGUGAGACCAAAAUUGGUGGUGCUUAGAUUUCUUGCUUCUUAAUUCAGUUGGAAUAAGAGGGAUGGGAGAGAUGAGAGUGCUUGGAGGUAUUUAAACUGCCCGAGCUCAUUUGAAUUAACCCCCAGGAAUUCUGUGAAAUGGGCAUAUAGCUUCUCUCCACUGGAGAGCCUUAAAACACUGUCCUGUUCUGCACAGUUCCCUAGAUUUGGAAGCCCAAAGAGUUUAAACUGUGUUUAAAGUCACUAGUUCUCAUGAAGAAAUGGACUUGUGUCUCUGGACAGACACAGGAAUGCCUCCAACAUGCUCCCUUGACAUCUCAACCAUCUAUUUUCUCUCAAGAUUGCUUUCCAUAUAUUUAUAGUCUGCAUUGUGUUACUUUCCAAUUAGUUGUGCACAGAUUAUUCUGUUCUUGCCAAAAUUCUUACUUUCAAACUUCUGUAUCCCACACCCCUUCAGUAUUUUUCUUUGUAAAAAAUGUUUAUUGGAAAGCAUCUUGUUUUGUACCUCCACGAGUUUUAAUUAGCUGCAUAUAUGAGGACAGGAGAACGUCUUGCUGCAUCUUUGACUUAAUGCCCUCCUCUCCUCAAUUUAACUCUAUUUAGAACUGGUUAUUUAGCAUUUUACUGUGAAGUUGGUUUCUUUUUUUUUUCUUUUAUGAGAAAAAUCAGUUCAGGAGAAAUAUUUUCCUCUGAUUACCAUAAAAGACUGCCAAAGGUUUUGUUUUCUGACAUAAAGUCACCUUAAUGCACCACUGGGGACUAUAGAUGCAAGAGUCCUUCAGCAAGGGACUGGUUUGAAAAUGACAAAUUUAAAAAAAAUAAAAUCUUAAAAAAAAACAAAGCACUUUAUUAUGUACCAGGUGAACUGAUUCAGCUUGAUGGAACUUUUUCCUUUGUAACACCUUGUUGAUGCCAGAAUUUUUUGUAUUCUGUUUUGUAAGAAUUUAAUAAAUGCAUUGAAACAUG